AAAAAGUAAAGGUUAAUUAGUUAGCUCAGAAACUGGAUCAGGGGCGGGCAGUUAGAAUUUGAUCCACAGACAGGUAACUCAAGCAAUCUCCAUUGUCACUGCAAUCAGACCUAUAUAAAUCCACCUUGACGGACAGCAGUCACCAAAGCCUUACCUCCCUGCUGCUGGAUCACCGACCGGGCGAGAACCCAUCACCACGGAAUAAAAUGUCCCUCUCAUCUGUCCUUUCUCCUGAUGCCAUUGACAAAGCCAUCAAUGACUGCAAAGCACCAGAUUCCUUCUGCCCCAAGAAGUUUUUCCAGAUGUGCGGCCUCAGCGCGAAGAGUCCUCAAGAUGUGAAGAAGGUUUUUGGGAUCCUGGACAAUGAUGGCAACGGUUUCAUUGAGGAAGACGAGCUCAAGUUCUUCCUCCAGAAGUUUACUCCUGGGGCUCGAACUCUGACAGAGAGGGAGAUCAAGGCCUUCCUGAGUGUUGCUGAUGAUGAUAACGAUGGCCGAAUUGGAGUAGAUGAGUUCCAGGCUGUGGUUUCAUCCUAAAAAGACCUGAACGUCAUCUCAGAUGUCCCCUGUCCCGACCCGUUCUACUGCUGCAAGGGCUCUCAUAGUUUACUAUAGGUUCAUGAAAACGUUUACUGCUUUUUUUUUUCCCCCAUGCUGGCUUCGAUCCACAGAUGAUCACAUUAUAUUCCCCACCACCCCCAUGAUAACCCAGAAGACUGUAUUGAACACAUAAACAUACAAUUUACCAAAUCACUGAGAAAAUAAAUGAAUAAAAUCC